UGACCAGAUCUUAAAGGUCCAAUUACUUAGUAGGACGGGAGGAGGUAGUGGCGGCUCCGGGAACACCAGGGGAAAUGAUGCCUCAAAGGCUCAUGUAGGUUUCUUUCAAACCUCGCUAAUGUCCAGACUCAAGUACUAGAUCUAUGGAGCCCACCAGAAACUGUCCACUGUUCGGAGGCGCCUUCUCCGCCAUCCUCCCCUCAGGGGCCAUUGAUGUGAGUGACCUCCGACCGGUGCCAGACAACCAAGAAGUUUUCUGCCAUCCUGUGACCGACCAGAGUCUGAUCAUAGAACUUCUGGAGCUGCAGGCCCACGUGCAGGGCGAAGCGGCUGCGCGGUACCAUUUUGAGGACGUUGGCGGGGUGCAGGGGGCUAGGGCUGUGCACGUGCUAUCUGUGCAGCCUCUCUGUUUGGAGAACUUAUCCCUGAGAGGCUGCUGUCAAGAUGCCUGGUUCCUUUCUGGCAAGCAGCAGGUAGCUAAAGAAAACCAGCAGGUGAGGGCUAAGGUGGCAAAGGAUGUCACACUGCAUCAGGCCUUGCUUCGGCUGCCCCAGUAUCAGACUGAUCUUUUGCUCACCUUCAACCAGCCCCCGUGUCGCAGCAGGUCUCUUGGCCCUGAAAAUCUGUCAUGUCCACCUUGGAGCCUGGGUAACUUUGAACAACUGGUAACUAGUUUGACUCUUCAUGAUCCCAACCUCUUUGGUCCCCAGUAAAGACGGCUGAAACACAAAGGGCUGCUGAGGACUCAGGGACCCAGUUCUGAGAGGGGGGAGUUUCUUUCUGCUUCUUCCCUGGAUGUAAACAUAAGACACCUCCUCUGCAGAAAUAAACUUGCUUUAUGAAGAA